UGUGCACCUGAAACAAACUUAAGCCUCCAUUCUUGCUCUUGGGGUGCACUCCAAUUUCCUAUACUACUUUCUUAAUUGCUUUCAAACUCAACAGGAGAGAGAACCAGUGAAAGGUUAGGCAGUUUUAUGAAGCCUAUGAAGUUUGAAGCAAUCUGGUAUGGAGACAGGAUGGAAGGAACAUGCUGAGAUAUCACCAAGUUGUCCUCGGUGUGGUUCCUCAAAUACUAAAUUUUGUUAUCACAACAACUACAGUUUAACACAACCGAGAUACUUCUGCAAAGGUUGUAGAAGGUAUUGGACUAAAGGAGGAUCCCUACGAAACGUGCCUGUGGGUGGUGGUUGCAGGAAGAAUAGAAGAGGAAAGUCAAUGAGGCUAUCAACAGAUGUUCACUCUAAGAUUUCAGGUGAUGGAGGCUUGUCUAAUAACUCUAUUAGACAUCCAUUUAGCCAUAAAGGAAUUUCCUCCAUGGAGUCCUCUAGCUCAUCGAUGAUUCCUGAUGGUUCUCAUAUUGAUCUCGCACUUGUUUAUGCAAAGUUCUUGAAUCCACAGCAAGAUUCCAAGAGUGGUUUUGAAGUGCCUGAAUUUAGCAGCGAGUUUGAUCCAUAUCUCGAAUUCCCUAACAUUCCGAACUCGUAUUUGGAAUCAAGUGCUCAAUUACCGGAAGAAAAUGGUCUUGCUGGAUCCCUCACCAUCUCUAACUUUUCGACAGGAGUUCCUUUGAGUGACAAUAAUCACUUGAUGUACUACUAUAGUGAUCUAGACUCAGCCCACAAGCACCAAGAUCACCAAGAUAGGACUCAACAAUGUACAAGUCAUGAAACAAGCAGCUUCCACUUGCCACCAUUGCCAGGACAAGACACAGUCUCUCAAGAGAUACUUUGGUCAAAUUCUUACAUGAUGGAUAAUCAUAGCCUGGAAAUGUCUCCACAACUUGUUCUUGGACCUGACACUCAAGAUCCUAAUCUAUUGUUUGGUAACUGGAGUCCCUUUGAUAUGUCUAGCGAUGAUACUUUCUCAAGGUCUUGAUAAAAUAUCACUGUAUAGGACCCGAAAUAAUCUACAUAUACAAAUAUGUAUAUGUUAUCCGUGUUUAUAUUAAUGGCACCUGUAACUGGGCUUUGUUUACUCCACUCACGAAAGUAAUUAUAAAUUGAAGCUUCAAAAAUGUU